GUUGUCUGCAACUACUAGUAUUGUUUCAACCCGAAAUUUGCUGUAUAGUAGCUGUGAGUAUUGUUCCAGUGCUCGCUAAUGCAUUAGCAUUCACCAGCAAAGUGAAUGCAUUUUCAGUACUGGGAGCUAGCUCAGCUAACAGAGACUCUAGUAAAGUUUCCGGCGUGGAAGCUGGGAGAGUCAAGCACUGUGCAGAGAGGUGAGCAAUACUGAUUUCUAUGGAUCUGAUUCGGAGGACUGCAUCUUCACUGGACUUUUCUGCUGCAUGCUGAGUUGCUGGGGACCGAGAGACUGGUGAAGAGUGAUCAACAUCCUGCAUCCAUCUUCCUUUAUCAGCCGGGACCAAAGGACAGGUUCAUUACCAGACGGAUCCAAACUUUUGGGAGAGGUACCACACUCCAACUGUUCCACAUCAUAUCAGGCCUGCAACGGGGGAAUUUUGGUUUAUUUUUAACUUUAUGCCGGCUUAGAUGUGAGUUAGGAAGUGUGGGCCCACAUAUUUUAAUUAAGUUGGACAAUUGAAACUGAAACUUUAUUACAGAGAGAAAUUUAUUUUUAUUUUAUUUUUUGAAAACAUCUCAAUUGUUUGUUUGUUUGUUUUGCUCAAUAUAAGUUCAAAGUUCAUAAAGUGUUGUGAGUUGUUUGGUUAUUUCAAAUCAUUAGAUAAGAAAUAAGCAGAUUUAAGACUGGAUUAUAACCCUGAUUCUGAUUUCCUUAGGUUGUGUUUAAAGUUGUUACUGUCCUCAGAGGUAAGUCAAACUCAAGUCAAAAAAGUAAAUAGAGUUUAAGGGGUUUUUUACGAACUCAGGGGCCCUUACCUACUUCAAUGGGGUAUAGGUGGGCUACAUAAAUUGGAGGCACCGCUGGGAUUAUUUCUGUCUUGAGUUAUAGAUAGGCUAGUUAAAAUAUUUUUUUUACUGUGAUUGUCAGGGCAAAAGCAAGAGAAAUGCAGCAGGCUGGGAUUUUUGUGAAUAAACUGAAGAACUGGUGCAGAGGAGAAGGCUUGGAUGAGAGCCAUGCGUUAUUGACAAAAGUUCCCCAAAAUACAGAAAUCGCACAAAUAGAAGAGACAUUGCAGACUUUGAAAUGUCUUGGGCGUGUGCGUGUAAGGGGAAGAAUGUUGGAUGAAUCUACAGAUCAGAUAUUAGUGCUUUGUGAGUGCAGAGAAAGGCUCACUAAUGCUGAUCUGCCAAACGAGGUACUAUCUUCAGAUGAGUCUACAGCCUGGCCGAUAUUCAUUAUUUCAGAAACUUCCAGCGAUGAGGGGGAUUUUAGAAGUAAACUAAAUGCUCUUUUGCACGCAGAAGGGAAGACUGUUGAUGAUGUGCAGGCUCUUCUAGCAGAACCAGAACCAGUUCCCUCAUCCACCGAGUCUCUCAUUCGUGCUGUAAGUGAUCUACUGGAUAAAGCAACCAAACCUGCAGAAAAUGGAGGAUAUCGACGUCUGCGUGUCUUCUCAGGCAUCACACCUACUCCUGUUGGUGAGGAACAAUUUGAUCACUGGUUAGAGCAGGCCUACAUGAUGGUGGAAGUGAGUGAAUGUUCCUCAAAAGAAAAAAGACGGAGAAUAAUGGAGAGUUUAAAGGGUCCUGCUUUAGAAAUUAUAAAAGCUGUUCGUCUUUCUGAUCCUGAUGUCACCCCUGAAAAGUGCUUAGAAGCUCUUGAUAGUGCAUUUGGAAUGGCAGAGUCAGGAGAUGAUUUAUAUUUUGCUUUCAGACUGUUGCAGCAGCAGUCUGGAGAAAAGUUGUCAGAUUUCCUACGGAGAAUGGAACGCUUGUUGUCAAAAGUAGUGCAAAGAGGUGGCCUUCCAGCCAAGAAUAUGGAUAAAGCACGGCUCGAACAGCUGCUUAAAGGUGCAGUAGGUUCAGACUUGAUGCUAAUUCAGCUCAGAUUGAGAGAGAGAAAAGACACUCCUCCAACGUUCCUUGAACUGCUUCGUGAAAUCCGUGCUGAAGAAGAAUAUGAAGCAUCUCGAGCUAAAUUAAACCCAUCAGUACGUGCAAUCCACCCAAAGACUCAGGUGGACCCCAAUCAUUCAGAGAUUCAGAAUCUGAGGGAUGAAAUUAGAGGAGUGAAGUCAAUGUUUGCUGCCUUUGCUUCACAACACCCUCAAAAUGUCGCAGAUAAACCUGAAAAAUGUUCUAAUGAGAGAGAAAGAGACAAAGAAACCAAUAUGGAUUCUGAAGUUGAGGCUUUAAAGAAACAAGUGAAACAGUUGCAACAGAAAGUCAAGUCAAAAGUGUCUUACCAGGCCGAAACAUCACCAACGGUAAGGACAGUAAAUGCUCCAAACAGAAAAUCCGAUGCAGAUGAGCGUUUUUGCUACCGCUGUGGAGAAAGUGGGCACAUGGCAGGAAAGUGCAGAAAUCCUGAAAAUCAGAAUAAGGUUAUCCAGAAGCUUAUACAAGCACUGAAAAAAGCUAAAACCGCCAGUCCACAGCCAACCACUGAAGAGACCACUGCAGAAACUGCCUGUAGCGUGAGAAGAAGUGAAGUAGCUAAUGUAGUUCCUCAUAGUGUACCAGACGGCUUAAUCGGUCCGCCAUCUAUUGAACAUGUGAAAGUAAAUGGACAUUUAUGUGACGCACUGCUCGAUAGUGGCUCCAGAGUUAGCAUAAUCUUUGAGUCCUGGUACAAGAGGUACCUGUCUGACACAUCUAUUAAUCCAGUUGCAAAUCUAGACAUAUGGGGUUUGAGUGAUUCCAGCUACCCCUAUCUUGGCUAUGUGAUUGUAGAUAUGGAGUUUCCCAAAAAAGUGACAGGAGCUCCAGCUCUUUUGUCUGUUCUAGCUCUGAUCUGCCCUGACCCACCUGGUCCAGAUCAGACCCCUGUCAUAAUUGGGACCAAUGCCAAAGCCAAUCUUCCAAAGCGUUUGUCUGAACUGUGUGAUGAAACACCUGAGGGGUUUGGUCAGACUUUAGGAAUACACAGCAUUUUGCCUGGAAAUGAAGGAAGGCAUUUGGAUCCAGAAGAGGAACAUAAUGGUGAAAUUGGACCUGUAAAAUGGGAGGGUCCUGGAAACUUGACACUAUCUGCUGGAGGUAAAUGUACAGCAACCUGCAAAGUGGAUGUGGAGAACCCUCUUCCUACCGACAUCUUGUUGGUGGAAUCUUCAGUGGGAAAUCCUCUUCCUGCCGGUGUUCUGUUGCAAGCCAUGGUAAUCCCAAGUAAUGCUGUAAAUGGUAACCAGCUGACUUUAUUGUUCCAGAAUGAAUCCUUGAGAGACAUCACAAUACCCCCUGGCACCAUUGUGGGUUGCCUGUAUGUUGCUGAUGUUGUCACCACGGCUUCCAAACAAAAUGUAAUAAAUAAGGAGUUUGAUGCUAGUCUAAUUAGCUUUGGAGACUCACCUGUGCCAGAGCAGUGGAAGGAAAGACUUUGUCAAAAGCUUUCUGAAAGAGCAGCCGUCUUUUCUCUUGAUGAGCUUGAUGUGGGACUAGCUAAAGGGGUGGAGCACACAAUUAGACUAUCAGAUUCACGCCCUUUUCGGGAACGAUCCAGAAGGAUUGCUCCUGCUGAUAUUAAUGAUGUACGCUGUCAUAUACAGAAACUGCUAGCUGCAGGCAUCAUUAAAGAGUCUAAAAGUCCAUAUGCAUCUCCAAUUGUAAUUGUGAGAAAAAGAAAUGGAGAUGUGAGAAUGUGUGUCGACUAUCGAACACUCAAUAGUCGAACCGUGCCCGAUCAGUACACUACACCACGUAUUGAUGAGGCUCUUGACUGCCUCUCCGGUAGUCGGUGGUUUUCAGUUUUAGACCUGAGGAGUGGCUAUUACCAGAUAGCUAUGAAAGAGGAGGACAAAGAAAAAACUGCUUUUAUCUGUCCCUUGGGUUUUUAUCAGUUUGAGCGGAUGCCACAGGGCAUCACAGGAGCCCCUGCUACUUUCCAGCGUUUAAUGGAAAAAGCAGUGGGUGACAUGAAUCUGCUCCAAGUACUGGUUUAUCUGGAUGACCUGAUUGUGUUUGGGCGCACUCUUGAAGAACAUGAGGAAAGACUCUUAAAGGUUCUUGACAGACUCCAAGAGGUGGGGCUCAAAAUUUCCUUAGAUAAAUGCCAAUUCUGUCAGACAAAGGUUAAGUAUGUGGGACAUAUUGUAUCAGUAAAGGGUGUUGCAGCUGAUCCAGACAAAAUAGAAGCUGUCACCAAAUGGCCUACUCCUACUAAUUUGAAGACCCUGCGGUCAUUUUUAGGAUUUUGCGGAUAUUACAGACGGUUUAUCCACAAUUAUUCCUCCAUUGUUCGGCCUUUAACAGAUCUAACUAAAGGUUAUGGCCCCACACAGCGUGGGAGGAAACCGAAAAACGGUGAGAAUAGAGUCUACUUGGAUGAAAGGGAAUCGUUUGGAGAAAGGUGGGAUCAGACAUGCACUGAUUCGUUUGAGAAAAUCAAACACUGCCUCACAAGCGCCCCAGUUCUAGCAUUUGCCGAUCCAAGCAAACCAUACAUAUUGCAUGUAGAUGCUAGUUUAAAUGGACUAGGUGCUGUUCUAUAUCAGGAGUAUCCAGAGGGACUGAGGCCAGUUGCAUUUGCCAGUCGCAAACUUAGCUCUUCUGAAAGAAACUAUCCCAUUCAUCAGUUGGAGUUUCUGUCACUGAAGUGGGCAGUUGUGGAAAAAUUCCACGAUUAUCUCUAUGGAGCUCGCUUCACUGUUCGGACUGACAACAAUCCCCUAACUUAUGUCCUCACAACAGCAAAGCUCAAUGCUACAGGUCAUCGUUGGCUGUCAGACUUAUCAGCUUAUGAUUUUGACAUCAUAUACAGACCUGGAAAAGCCAACAUUGAUGCUGACCUGUUGUCACGCAUGGAAACAAGAGGGAAAGGGGAUGAGUGGCAAAGUAUCUCUCAAGAUGGAGUGAAGUCCAUAUGUCAGAGGGUUGGAACCCUGGAUGACUGUACAGAUUCUCCUAAAUAUGCAGAACAGCUUGGAGCUCCUCCCGAGUGCAUACCUGAUGCAUAUGCUUUUCCUACCCGUCUGCAGCUCAACUCACUGGUACACCUGUCCAGAGAGGAGUUAAUGACUGCGCAAAGUAAAGAUUCCCUCAUAGGACCAACCAUCCAAGCACUAAAUUGUGGAAAAUGGCCAGAUGACAUCAAAUCUAAUUCAGACAUGAUGGUUAUGAGAAGAGAGGUUGGAAAAUUGGUCAUGGAAAAUGGACUGUUACACAGAGUGAGUGAAAGUCAGUCAGCAGGGAAAACCCACCAACUUGUCCUGCCUGCUGAAUUUAGGACUAUUGUGUUGAAAUCCCUCCAUGAUGAUUUAGGUCAUCUUGGCAUAGAGAGAACCAUUGAUAUGCUCAGAAACAGGUUCUUCUGGCCAAGAAUGGCUACUGAUGCUGAACAGUACAUCAAAAACUGUGGAGAGUGUGUGUUACGAAAAUCCCCAUGUCCAAGGGUAGCCCCUUUACACCAGAUUGUUAGUACUGGGCCUAUGGACCUGGUUUGUAUAGAUUUUCUCUCCAUGGAACCUGACUCAAAAGGCAUAAGUAAUGUGUUAGUAAUAACCGACCAUUUCACCAGAUAUGCUCAAGCAUUUCCUACUAAGAAUCAGAAAGCCCUUACGGUUGCUAAGGUUUUAGUAGAGAAAUAUUUUGUGCAUUAUGGACUUCCAAAUCGUAUCCACUCAGAUCAGGGAAGAGACUUUGAGUCUAGACUCAUUAGAGAACUGUUGACUCUACUAGGCAUAAAAAAGUCUCGCACAACACCAUAUCACCCACAGGGCGAUCCUCAGCCCGAGAGGUUCAACAGGACUUUAUUGUCAAUGCUUGGAACUUUGAAUAAAGAAAAGAAAAGACAAUGGAGCCAGCAUGUUGUUCCCCUUGUACAUGCUUACAAUAGCACCAAGUGUGACGCAACAGGAUUUUCUCCCUACUUCCUUAUGUUUGGCAGGGAGGCCAAACUUCCAGUGGAUCAGUGUUUUGGAGCACAUUUAGACGAAGAUGGAGACCAACAGCACUCGUCUUAUGUUGCAAAAUUGAAAGAUGACCUGCAAAAAGCUUAUAAAAUGGCCCAAGAAGCAGCAAACAAAGUGCAUCUACGUAACAAGAAAGCCUAUGAUAAAAGGAUUGGAUUUCACAAUCUGGAACCUGGUGACAGGGUUUUGCUGAAAAAUCUUGGACUGAGAGGUAAACAGAAACUUCAGAAUCGUUGGUGUGAUGUUCCCUAUGUUGUUGUGGGAAAGAUGCCAAAUCUGCCUGUCUAUAAGGUAAAACCACAGAAUGGAAGAGGGAAGUUCAAAACAUUGCACAGGGAUAAUCUUCUGCCGAUUGGAGAAUAUGUGCGGAUCCCAGUAAGUGAUAAACCUCUGGAAGUGCACACCAGGUCUGCAGCAAGCCCCAAAACGAGGUCUAAACGAGCAACCACCGAGCAUUCCAAGCAGGUGGCGUAUGAAAUGUCAACUGAAUCAUCUGACUUUGAGUGGGAAUUUCCACAAAGACCAUACAGAACUUAUCUGGAGAGAAUGCUCCAAAGAGACAGCAAAAAUGGUCAUGAACAUGAAAAGACUUCUCUCAAUGUUGCAAUGGAGGACCUAUCAGAGAGAGCAAGCCCUAUUCCGGAUGAGCAAGACUCUGAUACAGGACCACAAACAGAAUCUGAACCCGAUAGUGUCUCUAGUGAAGAUGAUAUGCAAUGUGCUAGCAACUCUAAGAGGACCCAUGGUCUAACACGUUCAAGACCAAAACGUACGUUAAAACCAGUAGUGAGACUUACGUAUGAUGAACUUGGCAAAGUAAGUGAACAACCGCUUACGAUUGUUCACAGGGGUGUUGUCAUAAAAAUACAGAGCUAAUGUACUUGCUAAAAG